CCCAAAGAUGUCCUGCCAGCAAAACCAGCAGCAGUGCCAGCCCCCUCCUAAAUGCCAGACUCCCAAGAUUCUUCCCCAAGCUCCAUGCUCUCCUCCAAUCUCUUCCUGCAGUGGGUCCAGCUCUGGGACUUGCUCUGGGUCCAGCUCUGGAAGAGGCUGCAGCUCUAGCUCUGAGGAUGGCUGCUGUCUCUUUUCCCAUCACCACAGACGAUCCCACAGAUGUAGGCGCCAGAGUUCUGACCACUGUGAUGGUGGCAGUGGGCACAGUCAACAGUCUGGAGGUUCCUGUGGGAGCUCUGGGGGUUGCUGCUGACUCAGGAAUCAACUCUCCAUUUUUCCCCCUUCAUUCUUUGCUUAUCCUCCUCUUUGAUUUUCCUUGGGCUCUACACUGAUUGAGUAUCCUGAGGAACCUAAGGUGAUUUACAAAGAUUGUAUUAUUUUAUUUCUAAAUCCUACAUCUCAAAUUUGAAUCCAAUCAUA